AUGGCUUUAGACGGUUGGUCAAACAUUCACAACGAGUCUAUAAUUUGUGUUUGUGUUACUGAUAUGAGCGACACUAAAAAUGCUGUAUACUUGUUAGAUACUAUCGACACCAAAGACAAUAGCCAUACAUGGGAUUAUUUUGUUCAAUUAGCAGAAAACACUAUUAAAUUAUGUGAAAGUUUUGGUUGCACUGUUGGCAGCGUUGUUACCGAUAAUGCUAGUAAUAUGAAUAAAAUGAGAACGAAUUUAGCUAUGAGUGAAGGACUUAAUAAUAAACAUAUUAUAACUUAUGGCUGCUCCGCUCAUUUAUUAAAUUUAUUUGCACAUGACAUAGAAGCUGUAGGUGUGAAGACUCAUGUAAAAUCAAUCUUUAAAUAUUUUGAAACACACAUUUCUUUGCUGCCAAAUACAAACUUGAAGGAGGGAAGUCUCUAA